AUGUCGCAACAACAGACCAACAACAACACUGGCUUCCAGAUCACAAACCAAAACACCUUCGAGGACACCAACCGCAGCGUCAAGUACCUCUGCGGUGACUGCGAUGCCGAAGUCUCGCUCAAGCGCGGCGACCCCAUCCGUUGCAAGGAGUGCGGUUACCGUGUCCUGUACAAGCAGCGCACCAACCGCAUGAUCCAAUUCGAGGCCCGCUAA